CACAAAAGAAGCUGCGCGUCCGGUUUUAGAUACAGAAAAUCGUCGACGAGAUGGCGGCCGACGAGUCCAUGUUCGUCAGGACGGUCCUGGCUCUUAACGACGCGUUUAAAUCCGAGGACUCGAGUUUAGCUUUGCCGUCGGAGGACCGGUUAGCGCGCGCUGCUCAAGUUGACGCUGACCAGGAGGAACGUCGGAGUCGCGUGGAGCAGCAAGUGCAGCAGCUCACCCUGUCCAGGAGGGGAAAGCGCUCCACCAUGAGGGGUAGUGUGUCUAGCAGCCAGUUAGUAUGUGCCACGCCUUUUAGAAGUGCUCCUAUGAAGGUAAUCUCGUCUUUUGAUCCCAAUGAUGCUUCAGGAACAAGUAGACCUAUGGUUAGGUUGAACAGGCCUCAUUGGGCGAGUCUACGGUUUCCUCGCGUUAACGGAGGAGAGUGCCAGCUGCUUAGGUACGGCUCAUCAGGAAACAGCUUCAACUGGGGUCGUGCGGGUUUUACUCUCCCUGCCAUGAGAGCCGUGUCCUCAGCCGACCGUCUCCACGGGAACUACUAUUUACAGAACUCCACCUGUUCCGAGAUGCUCCAACAGGCUCGGCCGUUCAUCUCGGCUACGCUCCAGUUUCCUAUCAAGCCCGCUUAUGAGGACAGUCUUGAUGAUGUCUUUCUGCCUGACAAUUCACACAUCACCCCACUAAGAACAGAGCAGCAGAUGAUGUUGUGGGAGAAACGCACUGUUCAGAGAACACCUAGUCAGCAUGGAGACGCAGUAUGGGUGACACCGAACAUGCCUGUUGUGGUUAAGGAUAUGAGGCACAGGCAAGAGACAGUGAGAAGACAACCGUCACUAGUCAGUGCAUACGCAAGGAAGAUGGCAGGAUUGAAACAGCAAGGAGCAAAACCUGAGACUCUAAAUGGAAAGGACGGAGGCUCGAUGACCAUGAGGAUGGCUGUAAAUCUCCUGACUGGGAAGAACCAGGAAAUGCAAAUCAAUGGUGCAAACUUCAUACAAAACCAGUGCUUCAGCAGCACGGACGAUAAGAAAAGACUGGCCACGCUGCAUGGGAUCCCAAAGCUUUUAAAGCUCCUGGAAUCUGACAACGGUGAGGUGCAGCAAGCCGCAGCAGCUGCCUUAAGAAACGUCAUCUACGAGAACAACGAGAACAAGAUGGAGGUGAAGGACCAAGAAGGUGUAGCCCUAAUUCUGUCCCUGCUCAAGACAAACCGCGAGGUUGAAACCCGGCGACAUCUCACAGGGUUGCUAUGGAACUUGUCCUCUCAUGACAUGCUGAAGGAGCAGCUUGGAAGAGAAGCUGUAAAACCCCUCACUGAUAACGUGCUUGUGCCCUGCUCGGGUAUCACUGAAGGAGAGGAUCCCAAACUGGAGCUACUGGCAGAUGCUGAGGUCUUCCUUAAUGCUACCAGCUGCCUGAGAAACGUGAGUUCAGCUGGCCCGAACGCACGCAAGUCCAUGAGAGAGUGCGAUAGCCUCAUUGACUGCCUCAUUUAUUACAUCCGGGGAACCAUUGCCGAUCAUAAUCCUGACGACCAGGCCCUAGAAAAUUGCGUCUGUAUCUUGCAUAAUCUCACUUAUCAGUUUGAAUACGAGGUGCCUGAAACGGUCAGGCCGGUGUUGCAGGAGUCCAGACAGAAUGCAGGUGCAGAGACUCCCAGACCCGGCUGCUUGGCUAUGAGAAAUCCCAAACAGUCCGAAACAGACAAGCACUCUGAGACGGAAUACCCGCUGCUGGAGGAGACGUGUAACCCGAUCGGCGUGGAGUGGCUGUGGAACAGCAUCACCGUCCGCAUGUACCUGUCGCUUCUCGCUAUCAGCACUCGGCAGCUCACACAGGAGGCGUCCAUAGGAGCCAUGCAGAACCUGACAGCAGGAAACAGUGGGGUGUCUCAAGCCAUAGCCUACUCCAUCGUGCAGAGAGAAGGAGGCCUGCAGCAGGUGAAGAAGGCAUUCCAGGACGGUGAGGAUGAUGUGAAAAGAGGCUCAGUGUGUCUGCUCAAGAACAUUUCACGCUACAAGGAGCUCCAUUCCGACAUCAUUACACAGGUAUUGCCAGAGCUGGUUGCAAUGCUUCACGCUCCAGACACGGCUACAGUAAUGCCUGCUGAGGUCACGGGUGUCUGUCAGAUUCUCAACAACCUAAGCCAAGAGUCCGUACAGAACGCCCAUGCUGUUUUAAACAACGGCGUCCUGCCUAGGAUCAUCAAGAUCAGCAGCAAAGAGAGGCAUGGAUCUACGAAAGCUGGCCAGGCUGCUAGUGUUCUGCUGCACACUCUGUGGAGACACUCUGAGCUUCAUGGUAUCUAUAAGAAGGCUGGUUAUAGGAAGACUGAUUUCAUCAACAGCAGGACUGUUAGAGCAGUGAAUUCAGCUCGUAACUGACCUCAAGUGGAAGACUGGAGAACUACACUAAAGGAAAAAAACUACACCAACAAGGAAAAUUUAAGACCUUCUGCUGAACUGGACUUGGAUUUCUUUCAAAAACGUCAUUCUUAUGCUCUGCUACUGUGUAAAGGCGAGAUAUAAAACCGGAUCAGUCGUUCCAGCCCACCGUUGAGGAAAGCGCACAUAUCUGAUGUCUUUUAGUUAUUCGACUCUUAAAAUGUGUCCUUGAUCUGACUAAUUUGGUCAGUCCUCAUUUAUUUCCCGUUUGUUGAAGCACUGCCAGGUACUGUAAUUAUCUUAGAUGGAGUGUGGAAGACUUUUUGUAAUUAUGACACAAUAAUGCUUAACAAAAAACUCUCUCCCUUAUUCAUGUUAAUGGCCGCUCCAUUUUUAAGAGUUAUUUAUCUCCCAAUAACCAGAGGCAGUUAUUUAAACUGGUUAGAUAGUAUGCCAUUGUACUUUUUAAGGUUUAUAUAUAUAUUUUUAUUCUUCCAGGUUUUUGCCGCAAUUCAGCUCCUAGCACUUUUGACAUUGAUGCAGCUCAGACUCAGGCAUGUCCGUUCAGACCCUAUGUAGUACUAAUAAAAAAAAAAAUUUGUAAUGCCCCAUCAUUAUUUUAUUUUUAUUUUUUGUUUCUCAUAUUUUCCUAUUCAAAUGAAUGGUUGAACAUUUGCAAUUUGUAAUGUUACUCACUCUGUAAGCUGCUGCUGUGGCGCAAUCACACUUCACCCUUACUUACAGAAAUGCAUCUUUAAUUGAAAAUGAUAUGUGACUUAAAUAGGUAAUGUGCUGAAGUAACGUGCCGAGAUAACUUACUAAUGUUAUGUGCUGAAGUAACACACACACAUAUAUUAGCUUCAGACAUUACUUUAUGCCUCAAAGUACAGCCUUGUUAGGCCGAUGUUUCCAUACACAUCGUAAUGUGUGCUUUCCCAUGCUAGAAGCUGGAAUUUAUUUAACAACACAUAGCUUUGCCCCAGUUUUUUUGUGCACUGUGUUCUGUACUUUCAAAUUAUUUUUUAAAAUGAUUUUAAAUAUGUGUAAUAAUUGUUCUGUUUUUAUUUGGUUUUAUACUAAAUAAAUGUUAGGAGUAUCUUCCUAACGUUUGUUGAUCAUGUAUGUAUUUUAAUGUCAUCUUUUUGUCCUUCUAGAUGAGCAUUUCUCCUUUUUGUGUAUUGUUUGCAGUAAAUUAGUGUAUAAUUAUUCUGUGCGUGCCAGCCAGAAAAAGAAAAUGUGACUUUCUUGGUGCUGUGUACAUGGACAUGAAGUAAAAGCAAUUCUCUUUGUAAAUUCAA